AUGGCCUUGCAGGAGAUUUACGAAGUUGUUAGAAAUCUCUUAAUUAAGAAAAAGGUUAGUGGAAAAAAAGGUCACAAACCUUUAACUGAUACUUCUAACCUGCAAGAAGAGAUAAUAGAGAAGCUGGCCUUUUCAAAGUUAGAUUCAUUAGUUUCUUCCGCUCCUGUCGCUAAAAUGAGAGAUUUAAAGACUGCAGUACAUGAUUUUAACCAAGGCAUAAUAGUAUUAGAAUCCUCUUACUCAUAUAAAAGUUCCAAUAAUUUUGAAUUAGUUAAGGAAGAUCCAUGA